AUGACCUUGUCGAAUGCAUCAUCCUCACCUUCCUCGAACCAAAUUCGCCCACUUUUCAUCUCGAUUGGUGCCAACAGAAUUUCCGGUUGUUCGGAUUGGUAUCGAUUGCCUGCUGAAAUCUAUAACACUCAAGUCUACACUAAACCUAUUGAUUACAAUACAAGUAGUGAAACUAAUAAUUGUAUCCGAGUGGUAGAAGAAGGCUUAUCCAUCCGAGAGAGUUACAAACAUUUAGAUUUAUUUGCCUAUGCUGCAAAUCAAUUCGUUGCCAUCUACUCUCCAUAUUACAAUCGAGUAUUGUGUACUUUGAAAGGUCAUGAUGAAAGAGUCAAUUCCGUUCAAUUCUUGAUAUAUCCCAACAAGAAUGAAUUUCAAACUCAUACUAUUUAUGUCGCUAGCGUGGGUGGAAAACAAUUAUUGAUUUGGAAGUUGAAUGUCCAUGGAAAUGAUCCUUCACAAAUUGAUUAUGAAAUUGUUCAAAAGAUUUCAACAAAAACACAUCUCACCAAAGUGACUGCACUCUAUCAUUCUCAUAUUGCAGUUUGUGACUCGGAUGGAAAUGUUCAAGUGUACUCUUCAAAGGAUCAUCAAUAUGAAUUGAUUCAAACGUUUAAACAUUCAAAGUCAAUGGAGGCUAUUUCUAUUAUUGAUCUUUUCAAUAGUGGACAAAUUAUGGUUGCCUGCGGUGGAGUUGAUUUUAAUAUUUAUUUAUAUUUUGUUCAUCCAAACAACACCAAACCUAUUUUGGUAUUGAAAGGUCAUGAAGAUUGGAUUCGAUCUCUUUCAUUCAAAUACAUUGAACAAGAAAAAGCAGUUUAUUUGGCAAGUGCAUCACAAGAUAACAGAAUUAGAAUUUGGAAGAUGAUACAAGAUCAAACGCCAGUACAAGCAACUUCAGAUUCCUUAUUAGAAGAAGAAUUACUUGUGAAUUUAUACAAUACUCAUCACUUUACAAGUAUUGAUUCCUCUACUCAUUAUCAAGUAACAUUGGAUACCUUAUUAACAGGUCAUGAAGAUUGGGUUCAUUCUCUCAAUUGGCAUCCAUGUCCAAAUUUAUUACAAUUAUUAAGUACUUCGAUGGAUCGUACCAUGAUGAUAUGGUCACCUACAUCCAACCAUGGUGUUUGGUUGAAUCAAUUCAGAAUGGGUGAAUUUGGAGGUCUGAGCGGUCUCUUUGGUCAAAUGGGUUAUUUCAGUGGAUGUUUUUCCAUGUUUGGAGAUUAUUGUAUGGGAACAGCAUUUCAUGGAAGUUUCCAUUUAUGGAAAUUGAAAGAACAUGAAAAUGAAUGGAAACCAAUGGUGAGCAUUUCUGGACAUUUUAAUAGUGUGAUGGAUUUAGAUGUAGAACCAUCCAAAGAUGGAAUUUAUUUCAUGACUACAAGUACGGAUCAGACCACACGAUGUUUCACAUGGGUUGAUACAACGAUAGAUUCUAGAACAAUCAUUGACAAUGACUCUCUCAAUCAAUAUCAAACAUGUGAAGAACGAUCUAUUCGAGAAAUUGCUCGUACUCAAAUUCAUGGCUAUGAUAUGAAUUGUCUCACUUUCACAGAUUAUUAUUCGUUUGCAAGUGGUGGUGAUGAGAAAGUCAUUCGAUAUUUUGAUGCACCUCAAUCGUUUAUCAACACACUUUGUCUUUUAAAUUCCAAAAUGGGUCACAAACAUUAUGAAUUAUAUGGUCAAUCGAAGAAGGAAAGAGUGAUGGCAGCGACCGUUCCACCUCUUGGUCUCACAAACAAGUCAGUCAAAGAAGGAGAAGAGAAGGACAUGAUUACAGUGAAUGAAUUUGAUUAUCAAGAUGAAGAAGAAUCUACUACUCUUGAAGCAUUGGAUGAUCAUAACCAUGAAAAAUCAUUAUCAUCUAUUUUUGCAAAAGGAAAUGCAAGUGCAUUACCUCAUCCACCUUUUGAAACUCAACUCUUGCAAUUAACAUUAUGGCCAGAACAACAAAAACUCUAUGGACAUGCCAAUGAAAUGAUUUGUGUUCAAUCCAAUCAUUGUAAAAGUGUAUUGGCAAGUGCAUGUUCAGCCAAACAUGCAGAUGCUGCUCAAAUUCGUUUAUGGGACAUUCGAAAUGGAUUUAAACCCAUUGAUGUUGUGAUGGGUCAUAAUUUGACAGUGAGUAGAAUUGCAUUCAGUAACAAUGAUGAAUGGAUGUGUAGUGUGAGUCGAGAUCGAUGUAUGAUUCUCUAUCAACGAAAGAGAAUGGAACAGACAAGUCUCUCCUUUGAUACCUAUGAACCAUUACUGUAUCAACAAUGUCAUGAACGUAUCAUUUGGGAUGUUUCAUUUAGUGUUGAUGAUUUGUAUGUGGCAACAGGAUCUCGUGAUGGUACUGUUAAAGUCUUUAGAGUACCUUCUCCAAUGAUGAUUGAAGAGAUUUCCAAGAAGAAGGAAGAAAAGAGUCAUCAAGUGAAUUUGGAAUGUGUUCAAAGUAUUGAAAUGCCACAACCCGUGACGAGUAUUCAAUUCAUUCCCAAGUUAAUGUAUGAAGAAUUUAGAGAAUUUUUCCAAAGUCGUAAACUCUCUUGUUACUUGAUGGCAAUUGGUAUGGAAGAUGGAUCGAUUCAAAUUUAUGAUCAAGAGUGUGAAGAAAUCAAUGACAAGAUUCACUUAAAACUUUUAUAUUCCAUUCCUAAUAAUCAUGCUCAUGCAUCUACUGUGCGUCGUGUGAAGUGGAGAGUGGAUGCAUCCAAUCCAAACCAUUUGAAAUUGGAAUUACUCACUUGUAGUUUGGAUUUCAGUGUGAGAGUAUUCCAAGUCAUUGCAUAA